CAGGGUACCAUCCAGGCUGUUGACUGUGUGGGGUGGGGUCCGGCUACAUUGAUACCACAAAACAUAAGCUCACAGAGGGAUACAGAGAGGUGGAAAAAGACAGGAAAAAUAAGAGAGAAGAGGGGGGAAGAUUGAAUCUGAAGAGGAAUAUAAUACGGGAUGAAAGGAGAUACCCCAGUGAACAGCACCAUGAGUGUCGGACAAGCCAGGAAACUGGUGGAACAACUGAAGAUUGAGGCUAGUUUCUGCAGGAUAAAGGUAUCAAAGGCAGCAGCCGACCUGAUGGCGUACUGCGACGCACACGUCUGCGAUGACCCCCUCAUCACCCCUGUGCCCACCUCAGAAAACCCUUUCAGGGAGAAGAAGUUCUUCUGCGCUCUGCUUUGAGACAAAUCAGGGAUUGUUGUGAUUCAAAGUACAACUGUACAGUAUGUACAUGUAUGUACAGUGUGUACAUGUACUUCCAAUCUAAAUGAGACAUUAAUGUACUAUAGUAAUCUUGCAAAAAGCUGCCGAUGUACAGUACAUAAUCAAUCCUCAGCUAAAUUCUCAAACUGCUACCUGAGUUAAGAGGGAUAAUUUGAGACAAAACUUACUAAGAUUUCAUUGAUAAAGAGUUGGGAAAUUCAUAAUGAAGUUAAAAAAAAUUUAGGAGGAAAAUAGCAUAUCAUCCAACUCAAACCACAUACAUCUCAUGAUUCAAGAUACAAGUAACUGCCGAAGAGGACAACGGUAAUCGUCAAGUGUCUUAAGAGGAUAAAAUUCCAGCAGCCACAAGAAAAGACCCCUCUGGAUGCUGCAUUUGAAUUUUUAAGCAGGGACCCUACGAUUCCAUCUCAGACGCUGACAUGCCCAGUUACACCUAUAUAAACUACCCAUACGCUGAGAUCUGGCAAACAAGAAACAAAUGUUAGAUUUGAUUAUUUUCCAUAUGGAAAUUACUUUAUUCUUUUAGAGUAACAGCUAACAAUUCACAGGUUAUUUUGUUCUGAUAACAUUUAGAGCUGCUUUCCAUCCAUAUUUUAUUGUAUCCUCCAUUCACUGGUGUCUUGGCAGUUACUUGUAUUUACCAAGAAGCCUGAAUUUCAAC